GAUAAAAUUAUGUCAGAAGGAGGCGUUUACAUGCACGUUUUACACUAUUCCACCUGCGACGUGUAUACUCGCUUUUUUUCUUCAAACAGAUUUUAAUCGUUUCCUUAUCAUUGCAUCUGCAAAACAAAUGGUAGCGAUCACAUACGACCAGAUUUUAUCUGAAUUACAGGUCCAACUUUUAUUAUUUAAAGAAGUGAACACGAUGCUUUGAGUCAUUCACCCAAACUGACUGCAGAUAAGGACGAGCAGCAGGAAACACUGCUCUGUCUGUGGCGCUUCUAAGAUCAAUGUUCUUUCUUAGCUCAUGGAGGCAAGAUAAAAGAAUGUGCAUGUGUAAGGAAGAAGAGACGUGUGUGACAAGGACUCAUUUCCAGGAUACUCUUUGCCGAAGUGGAAACAAAAAAUACAGUUUACGAUUAAACGGGUUUAUUCGCAAUCUGCAGAUGGAAUUUCAGCAUGAAUCUGAGCAGGGUCACGACGAGCAUUUAGUCCAACAGAAGCAGGACAUGGCGUUAAUGGUGGUUUGCGUACAUAAUCAUUACCAAAACGGGAAUUCUUCAGAGAAAAUUAAAUGGGCAAAAAACAGUCGGUUCUUUUUUUUUGUCAGUUGCCUCUUGUGAAACCUGGUAGACCGAAGUUAUUAUCAGAAGUUUAUGGAGAUAAUAUUUUACCUGUGCUCAGCUCUCUUUCUCCAUAUCCCCCCAGUCGCUGGCAGCUCAUUCCGAAUCGGAGUUGGCAGCAACUACUCCAGCGCCUAUGAGAAGAACAUCCUCCCGUGCCGAAAGGAGGAGCUUCAGUGUGGUAAGGGGCUCUGCCUCGUUAACUGGCUGAUAUGUCACUAUAAGAAGGACUGUGGCAGGGAGUUGAUGUCGAUCAAAUUGAUCUGCUCAGAAGUGAGCUCGAACCAGAGCGGUCCGGUCAAUGAGUACCCCAACUACAGGGAGGGUGGCAGCGACGCCAGCCUGCUGGUGUCACCCCUGGUGGUUGCGGGCAUCGUCAUCGGCCUGGUGCUCUUUCUGUCUUGCGUCACCAUCAUCAUUGGCAGCCUACGUAAAGACAGCCGGCUUCACAACCCCCACCUGCGCACAGAGGCCAACUACGCUCCUGAUGGCUUUUCCUACGGGAGCUCUAUCGGGGAGCUGAGGUCAGCCUGCAUUGAGGAAUCCCCACCAGCCUUUGAUUUCGACUCCUACGUGGAGAUGUUGUCCCAAGUCAACGUGAUGUACCCUGACUCUCCACCCCACUACGAGGAAUGCGUGGGGCCUGGUGCAACGCAGAUAUACAUCCCCACAGAUGACCCUCCCCCUUACUCUCUGAACGACCCCUGUCAAGAGAUCGAGACCCAGCCACCACAUACCUGCUUGGAAAUGGAGGAGCUGACGGAGGAGGCCUCGUGGGUGACAGGAAGUGCCUCCAGGUAUCCAAUCAUACUGCAGGAAAUCAGGCAGCAGGCAAUCUCCUCCAUCUCACUCCCCCUGGAGGAGGCACCUCCGUACGAGGUGGUCAUCUCCAACCAGAACCUGCCCCUCCCUAUGAUCCCACUGGACCUGCUCAAGCACACAGCCCCCAAGUACCAUCACCAGCAACCCACUAUCCACAGGAUCCUGUAAAUACUAUACCCCAAGACACUCCUACAGCAAGAUUUGUUUGGUUUGGGUUUUGUGUCUCGUUUACAGAAAGUCCAGAGAAACGGUGCACUUAUGGUUAUUUACCCUUGGAAUCAUCUAUAUCCAGAAGCUUUAGCCUUGUGUAUCCCUGUGUCAAGUCUAUUUUCUGAUAAUGCACAAUACUCUGCUACACUGCUCUCUCAUGAAUUGGUGCAGUCAACAAUCAGGACUGCUUGACGAGGAAGGUAGAUGCUGAGGACUUUUCAGAUUGCUGACAUUUUAUUUUUGGGUGGUUCUGUAUACAGUUUUCUAAAUGGUUACGAGAUUGAAGUGACUCAGCGUAAUUUUCUCUGAUCUGCUUUUGCUGCAGUCUGUCCCGAUCCAGAACCUUUGUUGUAUUCAGCGGCCUGGCAAUCUCUGACACUUUAAGAGCUUCCCGAAGAGGGCAGCGUGGAAUAGUUUUUCAACACAAAAGCGACUGUUUCAGAAUGGUGAGAAUCACAGUGAAGGAAGUCUGGACUGGGUCCAGCUAAAUACAAGAAUGCUUUUCAGCUGUGUAAACUGCUCCCAUAUCAGCUAUGCUUAUUGCCCUAUAUAUAUAUAUAUAUAUAUAUAUAUAUAUAUAUAUAUAUAUAUAUAUAUAUAUAUAUAUAUAUAGCAUACGAAAUUAUCUUGAUCCCAAUGAUCCCAAAAUCUGCAGUAGCAAAACAAUUAGAUAAGACCAAAUGAAUAUUCGAUGUAUAAGGCCAGACGUGUUGAGUUUUAAUACCAGUAUUGAGACUACCAUAUAAACAUUAUAGUCUGUUGCUUACUGUAUAAUACCUCUAAAGGUCUGAACAUUACAUGACAAGGUAUUUUAGAGGCAGGAUUGUAUUUCCCUCAGUGCCCAGUUUUUGAACAAUUUAGUGUUGCAAAGCUUCACAAAGUUGACAAGCAUGAGCAGUUAAAAAGUUGACAAGCAUAAGCAUUAACACUAAUGUACUUUAACAUUCUUGGUAGACUGUUAGGCCACUUUACUGUAACAUAGAUUCAUUUAAAUAUUAGAGAAAGUGUGUCAGAAUCAAUCUGGAAUGUAUAGCACUGAGUUUUGCAGUGUAAUUGCAGGGCAGUUUUUUUUUUCUGUAGGUCAAUACAGCUCCUCUUUUUUUUUGAGAUUCUAAUACAUCUUAAACUGCAGUUGAAGGAGUGGAGGUAAACCACAUUCUAACUGCAUCUCACAUUCUUAGCUGCACUGCCUCUACAGUGUAGCUAAUAACCAGUGAAACAUACUAAAGAGCAGUAAAGGAUAUGACCCUCCGUGAGGGUCCCUUAGCAAUUCAGCAAACAACCGGGACUAGCAUUAUUCUAUUAUUAUGUUGUACGAAUCUCAUUGAUGUUGAGUGUUAUUAAAGGUAUUGUGAUUAUGACCUCCUGUUAUAACUCCUGUUAUAACUUAUUCCACUUCCUUCAAUAGCUCCCCCAUAGAGGUUAUCUAAACCAUGCAUAGAUAUUUAUUAGUCAGGCCAAAAAAUUAAACUGUUAUCAAAUCUACGUGGUGUAAACAUUUCGUUUAGGUGGUACAAGCUAUGUGUUUGAAAUGGUCUGCUACCAACAGCACACCUGCCUAGUCCUGUAUUUACCAUCAUAACCGAAUCUGGAGUCUUAGUCUUUUCUGCACGUCUGAUGUACAGUGCUGUAUCAAUACAACCUGGUUUGUGUGUUUAGUAUAGAGGGAGUUAUACUGUAUCAUUUGAGUGCAGUGACACCCAGUGGCAUCAGCUGAAUCACCUCCCAUUGAAAAGUAACUGCAGUGUAGUGUACAGUGAAUGCGUAUUUAACUGUGACUAAUACCUGUACAGCGCUGUAGCUGCAGGUUAGCUUUCACUGUAACUACAAUGAUUCUGAAAUGUAAGAUGUGUUGGGACAAAUGUAAUGUUUGAAUAUUCUUUCUAAAGUUAGAUCAAUUCUACCCCCUUUCUUUUGUAAUUUCCAUGAAACUCACAUUUAGACAUCAUAAAUGGUAUACCUGACAAAUGGUUUGCAGUUAUUUGAAUGAGAGUACAUAGCUGGAGUUUACUGGGCUUGACAUGUUAGCAUGCGUUGGUUAAUGUUUGCUAUACACAGGCCAAGCAUUGCUAAUGUUCUCUUAACUAGACCAUUAAAGGAGUUCACACCUUAUCACCUGAGGUGUUGUACUUGUGUUGUAGUAUAUUUUUGCCACUGUCAGGUUAAAUUAACAUGGUCAUGUCAAGCAACUUUUCAAAAGUUAAAAUAUUCAAAUAGUUGUCCCAGCACCAGAUUGUAACUCCUGUUUAACAUCACUUGUUAUAGUGCUGUUUGCAAUUGAAACAAAGGUAAAUUGCAGUCCAGUUAUUGGUAGAUUAUACCAAUUUCACUGCCGUUUAUUUUCUUGUGGGUUUAGGUUGUUACAUAUCCCAGCACACGCCAAGGACAAGAGGAAGGCAUGUACACUCCAUGUAUUGUGUGUCUCUAUUUCUAUGGUCAAUUAUUGUUAUUAGUAAUAAUGACUCUUGCUUCGUAUUACCAGAAUCGUACGUGUAUUUUCAUGGUUUGUAUUAGAGCUUUUCUUCCUUUCUUAUACUCUGGAAAAUAAAUAUUUAAGACUCGUG